GGCAGAUAUAUAAUAGAGGUAAAUAACAAGACGUGCACAAGUUGUUUUGACUACAUUUGUAUUUGUAUUGUGGUGUUGCAACAAUGAAAACGGUCUUAAUUUUAGUUUGUGCCGUGUACAUCGCAUCAGCGGUGCCGCUUGGAGAACAGGAGAAUGAACGUAAAUACUCCAGGUACAUUGAGGUACCUGAUGGAGAAGGAGUCAUGCACACCGUGGACCUCGAGGCUGAGCCUGACAUGGAACUCCUCAACGAGAUCGAGAGGAACCCGGCUAACAACUUGUAUCUGCUGUAUACUAGACGGAACCAAAUUGUGUCCCAGACUCUUGUGAUAAACGAUGCAGCCUCCAUUACUAGAUCCAAUUUCAAUGCCAACCGGCCAACUGUUGUGAUUGCUCACGGCUGGCUCAGUAAUCAAUACACUUCAACCAACUCCAUCAUCAGAAAUGCGUAUCUCCGCAAAAGCGACGUGAACGUCAUUGUCCUGGACUGGAGACGUCUGGCUUCAUCAGACUACGUCACAGCCGCAAGAGGUGUUCCCGCUGUUGGACGAGGCCUCGGACAGUUCCUGAUCUUCUUGAACAGCGUGACUGGUGCAGCGUUCAGUGACAUGCACAUCGUUGGCUUCAGUUUGGGUGCUCAUCUUGUUGGUAACGCUGGCAGAGAAAUAGGUGGACGAGCUGCUCGUAUUACUGCCUUAGACCCUGCUGGACCUCUAUGGAACUACAACUCCAACCGUGUCAACCCCCGUGAUGGUGUCUACGUUGAGGCUAUCCACACUGACGGAGGAUCCAGUGCAGGAGCUCUCGGUAUCGGCUCCAACGUGGCGAACGCUGACUUCUACCCCAACGGUGGUACCUCCCAGCCUGGCUGCCUCACCAACUUCUGCAACCACAACCGUGCCGUAGAAUUCUUCGCUGCGUCAGUCACAUACAAUCACUUCGUAGGAAGACAAUGCACCAGUUCUCUCCAAGUCUCAGCUAACACGUGCCGUGGCAGCGAACUACGUAUGGGUAACGAUGAUUUGAGGAAAACUGGAUCUGGUAUGUUCCGCGUCAACACUGGAAGAUCUUAUCCUUACUAAGUAUGGAGGUGAUAUUUCGACAUAAUUUUGUGAGUUUAAUAAAGUUAUAUACACUA